AUGAGCCAGCUGCGUCCACUCAAUUCGCUUAGCAGUGGCGUUGCUUUCGUUGCUGGUGCCAACGGAAUCACUGGUCAUGCUAUUGUUGAAUAUCUUACUCGGCGACCCGAAACCGAAUGGUCGAAGAUCAUCAUCAUCUCACGUAGGCCACUCAACGCUCGCUUCACUGAUCCCAGGGUUGAGUUCAUUGCCCUGGACUUCUUGGACUCCCCAGCGAGCAUUGUAGAACAGAUCAAAGAACUCUGUGGAGAUGUCACGCAUGCAUUCUUCACGUCGUAUAUCCACAGCAACGACUUCUCUAAACUCCACGAGAAGAACGGCCCCUUGUUCCGAAACUAUUUGGAAGCCGUGGACCAAGCUUGUCCGAAAUUGCAGCGUCAUUACGGAUUUCAAUUCCGAGAGUUGACAUCCCCACUCGUGGAAGAGAUGCCUAGAUAUGAUGGACCUGAAUCCAUCUUCUACUAUGAGCAGGAGGAUGACAUGUUCGCUAUCCAAAAGCGUCGCCAAACCUGGAGCUACAACAUCAUUCGUCCCAUGGGAAUUAUCGGAUAUGCCUCUCAAUACAUUGGCAUCAACGAGGCUCUGCCUAUUGCUCAGUACUUCCUCAUUUGUCGUGAGCUUGGCAUGCCUCCCAAAUGGCCAGGAAGUUUGAGUAGCUACCUUCGGGUCGAGACCCAGUCUUACGCCCCUGGUAUUGCCGACUUGACCGUGUGGGCUGCUACCCAGGACUGCUGCAAGGACGAGGCGUUCAAUCACUUCAACGGCGAUGUGAUUGUCUGGAAGUUCCUUUGGCACCUUCUAGCUGACUACUUCAAUGUCCCGCUAGGCUCGAGUGAGCCCACGGAAGCCACUGAGCCCAUGGACAUGCUUGAGUGGGCUAAGGACAAGCGCCCUGUUUGGGAGAGCAUUGUGGCCAAGAAUGGCGGUGACCCCGACGCUUUCCAGCUAGACUCAUUCGCCUUAAUGAACUGGUACAUCACACCCACUGUGAUGAAGUCGCCAUUAAUUAGCACCGUGCGCAAGGCGAGAAGCUUCGGCUGGACCCAUCACGAUGACACUUACGACACGUGGCUGAAGACCUUCAAGUCCUACCAGAAUGCUGGUGUCUUGCCUGCACCCUAG